CGCCGAGCCACCCGCUUAAUGACACUGUCAUCACCAGACACACUCGCAAACCAGACCCAUCCUCCCCUGGCCUCCCUCUGUUCUCUCUCAAGAUCCCCUGGCAUAGUUAAGAAGAGAGAGAGAGAGAGAGGUGGGGAGAUGAGGGGGCGACUGGUCACAGCGGCAGCAGGAGCAGGGGGGCGGUGGCGAGGGGGCGAGGUGACGGCGUGGUGGUGGGCGGCCGUGGUCCUCGGCUAUUUAGUGAGCUGCGCCAGGGCGGGGCUGCUGGAGACCAACCCGGGCCUGGCCUACAACUUCUACCAGAAGAGCUGCCCCAACGUGGACUCCAUCGUCCGCAGCGUCACCUGGGCGCAGGUCGCCGCCAACCCCGCCCUCCCCGGCCGCCUCCUCCGCCUCCACUUCCACGACUGCUUCGUCAAGGGGUGCGACGCGUCGAUCCUGCUGGACAACGCGCAGAGCGAGAAGACGGCGGGGCCCAACCUCUCCGUCGGUGGCUACGAGGUGAUCGACGCCAUCAAGACGCAGCUGGAGCAGUCCUGCCCGGGCGUCGUCUCCUGCGCCGACAUCGUCGCGCUGGCGGCGCGCGACGCCGUGUCGUACCAGUUCGGGGCGACGCUGUGGCAGGUGGAGACGGGGCGCCGGGACGGCAACGUGUCGCUGGCGUCCAACACGGGCGCGCUGCCGUCGCCGUUCGCCGGGUUCAACGGCCUGUUGCAGAGCUUCUCCAACAGGGGGCUCAACCUCACCGACCUUGUCGCGCUGUCCGGCGCGCACACCAUCGGUGUGGCCGGCUGCUCCAGCGUGACGCCCAGGCUGUACCAGGGGAACGCCACCAACGUGGACCCGCUGCUGGACUCGGCGUACGCGAAGACGCUCAUGUCGUCGUGUCCGAACCCGUCGCCGUCGGCGGCCACCGUCAACCUGGACAGCGGCACGCCGCUCAAGUUCGACAGCAACUACUACACCAACCUGCAGAAUAAGCAGGGGACGCUGGCCUCCGACGCGGCCCUGACACAGAACGCCGCGGCCGCGCAGAUGGUGGCGGACUUCACCAACCCCAUCAAGUUCUACGCCGCAUUCUCCAUUUCCAUGAAGAAGAUGGGCCGCGUCGAGGUGCUCACCGGCACUAACGGCCAGAUCAGGAAGCAGUGCCGCCAAGUCGGCUCCUGAUCGCCUCGCCGGCAACACAUUUUUCUGGGCUCCCUUUUGCGUUUUCUUGCCCCUCUCCCUCUCUCUCUCUCUCCGUUCAUCGGCGCGGAUCAAUAUAUUUGUGCACCGUGAUUCGGGUUGAUCCACCCCGAGAUCCAUUGGUUUGUUAAGUGUUCGAUUCGAUCGUGGAAGCUGUAAGAAUUAAGAUUACUCGUCUUGGCAUUGCCGCUCUAAUCAAGGAAUGCGGUUCAUCAGUU